AAAUGAUAAUUACAAACGUUUUGAACUGUAUUCGUUGAGGAGGGAGAAUAUCUACACUAGAUCUAAAUCUCGAUUGUAAUCCAUUAUUUACGGAGAGCACUUCUGGCGAAAAACAACACAAGAAGUGUAGUGAUAUAAAGUAGACCAGUAUGAACCUCGUCUGAACCUCUCAUGAAAGACAACUUUAGUUUUGAUACUUAAGUGGAGAUUUUCUUAAAAUUUUUGCCAAGUGGAGCAUCUCUCCCUCUCUCUCUCUCUCUCUCAUUUCUCCUUGUCUAUCUCUGUGUGUGUGUCAGUCUCUCUGUCUUUCUCUCUCUUUAAGAAAAUGUAUAAAUAAUAUAUGACUUGCCAAAUCUUGUGUUAGUGUAAUGACUUGUCUUGAUCUGUUGAGAGUUAUGUUAUCCUCUCCACAUUGUUAUUUCUAUUACUACUACUAAUUGUUGAAAUAUAUAUCACAACUUCUGAGUGGAUGGCCACAUUGUGAGGUUGUAAUAUACAAUUUCGAGAUGGCCGUCUCACUCAAUCUCCUUACAGUGUUUGACACAACGGAGACUUUUAAUGCAACUCUAACAGAAAUAAAUAAUACAAAUGUCGGGACCAAACACCACACUUAAUUUGUGUACACCACAGCGCCAUCUACUGGGACACUGCAGACGGAUUUUGUGUACACUACAGCGACAUCAACUGGGACACAGCAGACGGACUUUGUGAACACCACAGCGUCAUCAGCUGGGACACACCAGACGGAUUUUGUGUACACUACAGCGACAUCAACUGGGACACAGCAGAUGGACUUUGUGUACACUACAGCGACAUCAACUGGGACAAAGGAGGAAAAAGAUGCUUUGUACAUGCCUCUAAUCGUCAGUUUAACGGUAUCAGUUGUAGUGAUUGCUCUGAUGGCCAUCUGUUUGACAGUACUAGCUACCAGAGGAAGACGUUCUAACUGCAAACACAGCCCCAGGGACUACAAUGACUUACAUAGUGACCGUGUAGAUUUUCACAAAUACUUGACAUGUAAAGAAAGAGAUGCUGUCAAUAACAUUCAGUCAACCAUGACAAGGACAUCGUCUUCCCUGUAUAAUGUUCCUCAAGAGAUGUGUCAGUACUCGGAGAUCUGUACAAAUAGAGUCAUCUCAAGCUGCUAUAUCGAUCCAAUUUAUGAUGUCAAAAUCGAUAUGCAUGAUCAAACCUGAAUGUUCAGUUAUGCGUGUAAAUUUAUUUUUUAAAUUCAUGACAGUAUUUUUAAAACUUGACAAUGUGGUAUGUCUAGGCCCUAACUAGACCAGAAGGUCUGUGGUAUGUUUUGGGGCUACAUUUUUCCACACUGAUACAGGAUACAAUUAUAGCACAUUAAAAUUCAAAACCUCACAAAAGAAAAAUCAAUAAAUCAAGAAUAAAUUUAAAAAAUUAACCAAUUAGUUAAUCGAUUAUUGAUAAUUAAUUAUUUUGUUUGGUAUCGAACUAGGGAAAGAAAUUAUACAGGACAGAUGUGAUGGCAUGAGUUGAAUCAGUCCCCAUUUUGAAUUAAGUGUAGAGUACAAGUUUGAAAUUAGCAAAAGGUAAUUCAAAUCAUACAACUUUUUUUUUAUAAAAUACUUUUCAAAGGAUUACGGUAUCAUUCUCAUAAAUACCCUUUUGUUUCUAUCCCCCCUUUGUCCCAACUGAACAACUGGACAAGUGACCAUAGCGCAGUCUGCAAGCUUAAACCAUGAACUCGUGCUAAACAAAGAACAGUUGGUAAACAUUUUUCCAAUCGGUUAGAUUUAGUAGUAGUAGUCUAGAUCAAUUAAAAAAUUAUAAUUAGAUGAUUGAUCCAAAGUAAUCGAUACAAUUACACAUAAUAUAUGCUUUGUUUUUUAAAUGUAUUAUAUUAUAUUAUAUAUAUAUAUAUCUUAUAUAUAUAUUGAUUGUAUUUCCAGCAUAACUUCCCUUUAUGAGGGAACGAAAUUAUGAACGACUUUAUGGCCCGUAAUACAUUUCCAAAAUACAAACUCGGGACUAUCUCAGAAACACCAAAGUGUUUUAUAAUGAUAGAGACAUUUCCCCUUUCAGACCUUUCGAUUAACUAGGCAGAUGGUGUGAAAGCCAUCUGAUUCUGUGGCCAAAGAUUAACAAGGGUGUCAUGUGGUCAGCACAACGACCAACCACCUACACUUUCCCCCAAAAAAUGUCAGGUACCCAUUAAAGCUAGAUGGACUCAUAGGCAUCCAAAAAUCCCGAAAUUAAAAAAUCUCAAUCUUCACUAGGAUUGGAAGCUGGGACAUCUAGUUUGGAAGCCAAGCGCUCUACCGCUCAGCCUCCGCGAAAUAUAAAUAAUUCAAACGAUGGGUUGAUGAUGUGUCUGUUUUUUUUUCUUUGUAAAAUGUGGUACCGAGUGGUGUGUUGCCUUAGAGAGUUAAAAAAGAUUAUUUUCAGGAACGUAGUGUGCAUCGUCUUCUAGGUUUAGAUCUAAAGGCAUAUCAUUAGAAUAUUACAAAGUGUUGCAUAUUUAUACAUUCACUUAGCCAGGAGUUUUUUUUCCGGGGGAUAGGAGGAAUUUGGAAAUAUGGCGGUGUAAAAUCUUUUUUUUAUCUUUUCAAUAUUCCAACAUUCAUUAGUUAUUGAGAGCAAAAUAAUCACUCUCAAUGCUAUAUAAAAGAGGUAUUAUCUUUAAACAAAAUAAUUUAUAUAUUUUUCUUGUUAUGAGUCAACUUCGAUCUGCAUUCUUCGUUGAAGUAUUAUGAUUUUUUACAUCAGUGUUAUUAUGAAAAAACUAGAUAUUGAAAUUAUUCUGUGAAAAAUAUUAUGUCCAUAAAUGGUUUAAUUGUAAAAAAAUUCUUUGAUUUUAUUUAUGUCAAUGCAUGAAAAAUGUGGAUUUUGAUACCUGUGUAAGUUUCACAUUUAUAUUUUAAAAAUACACAAAUAGUUAUUAAAAAGUUAAGUUUAGGAAUUUCUUUAUUUUCUUUUGCAUAAAUAAUAUUUGUGGGCUCUGAUGUCUUAUCUUCUUAUCUUAUAUAGUACAGACAUUGCUUCAAAAAAGAAGAUGGUUACGUCCUACGCGUCAUUCAUCUAGUCGUGCAUGUUAACCAAUGACUUAAAUUCUGCCAAGUCACUGGUUUUCCUGGCUGGCUUUAAUAGCACUAGGAAAGAACGUUAAUUUUUCAAGCAUGUCUUAAUUCAUAUAUCACCAUUGACUGUGGAAACUUGUGUUAUAUAUUUUAUUUCAAACAAUAUAGAACAGCCUUAACAGUAUCGCAAAGGCAAGGCAAAGACAUUUAAAGGUCAACUGUUCAACACCUGAUCGCAAACAUCGUCUGCCCAUAGAUGGGGAGAGUUUCGCUAACUCCCAGCAAGCAAGUAGCAAUACUACAGGCUGAGGCAUAAAAAUUUCCCACAUUUGGUGUGGGCACCGUAUUGGGCUGUAGUAGCAGUACAGAGACAGGGCAUUUUACAGUCGGUAGGCUAGGCCCUACCAUUGAAUUAAUAGAAUCAUUUGGAUUUCUUAUUCACGUCACAAAUCGGAUCGUGUCCAUAGUGACUUUGUUAAUGCAUGAAAUGAAAACAAAAUAUCUGCAUUAGAUCUGCAAUGUCGGGGCUCUGUCGAAAUGCAUCUGCACCAGACUGGAAAAAGAUUCUUUAAAAUCCAUUUACUUUUCAAAUAUAUAAAGCAUCUUUGUUGUUGUUUUUUGUGGAUAGUUGUGUUCUUUUAGUAGAUUAAUUCCUUAUAUAACAUUCUUUACUUACAACAUUAAACCAAAAUUUACAAAUACAUAAACACAACCUAAAGAAAUACUCAGAAAGUGUCAUGGAGUGAGUGAGCGUGUGUGUGUGUGUGUUUCCAAGGUGAUGAAGAACGGGAUCAUUAAUUGUGAAUCUUGCAUAAUAAUGCAAGAUAAGCGUCUCUGUCAUAAUCUAUGUUACGAACGAGAGACGGCUCCAUUAUGUCAGGAGUGAAAAGAGUUUUUUUGUUUUUGUUUUUUUUAGUUUGAUUUUGCUGAAAACACCAUUUUAUAUUAAUAAAAUCUACUAUAUUAUUUA